AUGGCAGCAGUGGACGGCAAAUUGUCCCAUCCUCCUCAUCCAUAUUACCCUCCGGAGGCUGAACUUAUUGGCUACCUCGAAAAUGAAUACUCCGUGCUCAAACUCCUGGUCUACUUCGCUGCUGGCUGCGUAGGUAUUCUGGGAAGCACACUGGCUAUUGUUACCCGCAUUCGUCCCUCGAUGAAUCGGGCAGAUCAACUUGCUAUCUUAUGGUUUGUUCUAUCCGGAUCCCUCCAUUGUUUUUUCGAAGGAUACUUUGUCAUCAACCAUACGCAUAUCGCUCCAGCCCAAGAUUUGUUCGGACAAUUAUGGAAGGAAUAUUCACUAUCCGAUUCUCGAUAUUUAACCUCGGACCCGAUUGUCCUAUGUAUGGAGACCAUCACCGUUAUAGUGUGGGGCCCAUUGUGCCUCAUAGUCGCAUAUUUCAUUACCAUUCAGCAUUCACUUCGCUAUCCGUUCCAGAUAAUCGUCUGCAUGGCGCAUCUCUAUGGUGAUGUCCUAUACUACGCCACCAGCCUAUUUGAUCACUAUUUUAACGAGGUCUCUUACUGCCGGCCAGAGGCGUACUACUUCUGGGGAUACUACUUCUUGAUGAACUUCAUUUGGAUUUCGAAAGCUGUGGACAUUGGAAAACCGCUAGGCAUUUACGACACCAAUUCUGUACGGGAGAAAGUAAGGCUAUGGCAGCACCAAGGAGGAGGUGUCAUCACUGCCAAUGAUGUCCUUGCCGACGAGGACGACGAGAACAUUCCGAAAUCAAAGAUAGAACAAGAAACACCGAAAGCGACCCCGCACAAGACAAGGGGCAAUAUCGCUCCCCGCAAACGAGUCAUCAGUGACGAACAUUGGAAGAUCAAAAGGAGCGCGCCGAAGACCCCUCCGCCAAAGACACGCCCGCCGAAACGGAUCACAGUGUACAAGACAAACGACGAAUUCAUCAACUCUCCGGGGACAAAGAAAGGGGGUCCAAAGAGCGAUACCUCUAAGUCUCGCAUAGAUGAUGACGGAAUAAGGAUCUAUGCCACCCCCCCUUCUUCACGGAGGCAGUCAAAGCAAACAAAGCAUGCGCCUGACGAGGCGUCGAACGCCGAGAGCAUACUGGAAGAUGAAGCUUCGUCGAUUGAUCAUACUCUUUCUACGCGAUCUAAGAAACGAAGCUCCCCCAAAACGCCAAAAGACAAGCAUCAUGAUGAACCUGAGAGCGAACGAAGCGCCUUACUGCCCGAAGAUGACGGCAAUGAGUGGGCACCGAGCGAAGCAAAUUUUUCUGAAUUGUCGAGAAGACGAGCUCGAGGCCCGACUAAUAGUACGCGACGGCCACCCCCAAAGAUUCACAAAGGAGGUAUUUUUGGGCAUAUGCUGGACGAGUCAAAGAAGAUGUUCGCGAGACCAGAGCCUCCUCCUCCCGCGCCCACGCGUGGCGCAAAGAUCGAGGCAUGGCUCUCUGCCACCUCUGAUCCAUUCAUGGAAGAUGAUGGUUCGGACGUCGAGGUUCCGACACCGCUAAAGACCGUAUCCAGCACGAAAGAGUCGUCACAAAGGAUGGAGUCCGAGGCUGACGAACCGUCCGAAAAGUCACCCGGCAGCAGCGGCUCUCGUCGAAGACGAAGCACACAUCGCUCUCGAAGCCGUCGAAAGGAUUAUUCUUAUGUGAGCGACAAGGAUAAUAUAUCCUCUCGUGAGUCUCUCUCAGCUAUAGCAGAAGAAGCUGCUCAGACCGCACGCCGGAAGAGCGACACCAGUUCAUUGUCGACGGUAAGGCGAACUGCGGCUCAUAAACGCAGUCAAUCAGCUUCCAGGAUUGGCAAAGAUAGCCCACGGCAUAAGGGCGAAGUUGAUGAAAAGGAAAGCCAUCCAGACACGGAAUCACUACCGUUUUCUGACGGUUCAGAGGUCUCAGCCAGCGAAGCCCCGUUUCCUCUCAACACCAGACGCCCUUUUCCGAGCACGGGAGUGCACCGACUGUCCACAAUACCUUCCGCGGAGACCCUGAGAACACACGAAGAAACCCAGCCGCAGACGACUGAAUUGACAGACGAAGAUUCUUUUGACCCAAACUCCCUUCCCGGCUCAUCUUCUGGUCUCAGGAGGCGGUUAACGACCCAUGAGGACCUGAUGUCAGUGCUUUCUGAACCCGGUACCAGGAAUCGAAGCACUAGGUCUACCAGGAGCAUUCGGUCGAACAGAAGCCGUUUGGCCAACGCGACCAUGGAUGACUUGAUGCAGGAGCUCAGUUCAGAUGAGACCAAGUACAUGCGCGAACUUAGAACCUUAGUUGGCGGAGUCAUUCCGGUCCUCUUAACGUGUGUGCUCUCGAGAUCCGACUCGGCUAUUGCCGCAGGGCUUUUCAGGCCUGCUCUGGACCCUAAAGAUGACAUGAAUUUCACGAAGCCCAUUGUCGAUAUGGGAGUUGCCCUGGAGCGGCUGAAGUCGAUGCACAAGCGCAUCCCGCUGGAUAAUCCGGAUACGCUUCUCACAUGGGCUCAUGGCGCGCAACGCGUCUAUCGUGACUAUCUCAAAGCCUGGAGAUUGGGGUUUCAGGACGUGGUUGUCAAUCUCGCCCCUCCGGAAGAGGGCGCAGCAGAGCCGAAUUCUGACACCAAGAGUUUGGACCAAGGAAUGGAAAGAGAUGAGAGUGGCGACAUUGUCAAUGCGGAUGGUCAGAAAGUUGAUGUCGCAUAUCUCCUGAAGAGACCUCUUGUGCGGCUGAAGUAUCUGUCAAAGACGUUCAGAGGGAUCAACACGCUUAAGCAUUCUCCCAAGGCCGAAGAGAUUGCCACUGCAUACCAGGCGCUUGUCACGGAGGCACGCCGGCGUUCCAACGAAGAACGAGCAAGACUAGAAGAUGAGUCUGCGGCUAGCAUCGAUCCCACCAGAGCUCGCGAUCCCGGGACCCUGGCUGCGCUUCCCAAUGUCAGCAUUGACCAGACUCGCCGUGUACGGGCUAGAGAUUUCUUCGACCUUUCCCUCUACCACUCCAGCGGUCAAAUGGUUGACUGUCGUUCGGAACUUUUGCUGAGGGAUAACGCGCCCGAAGAUGGAGCUGGGGGCGAUCUUCUUAUAUGUGAAGUGGACAAUUCAGAUCGUUGGUUGCUAUUCCCUCCUAUCGACAUCAGCUGCGUCUCAGCCCGCAGCGGUGAUGUGAAGGGUGAAAUCGUCGUCAUGAUCAGGAGCCCGCCCGGUGAAAAAAGAGAAUGGCAAGAACUUCUGUGCUUAAUGAUUGAUGAUGAAGAGAUUGGCUUGGAAUGGAUACAGUUGUUGGGCAAGGACCCAGUUCCCCCGGCUAUACACAGGACACAGAGCUUUAUCGCCCGGUCGAAGGAUCAUAGCUCGAAGUCCCAGCAAGAGCGGUCGUCGGAUUGCUCGCCAAAGCAAAAGCUGACACCAAACCCGAGCGAAAUCGAUAUUCCAAUUGGAGAGCAAGCGACCGCCGCUUCUCGCUCCAAGCGCCGUUCUAUCAGUCCAAAGGAACUGCUGUCAGAACCGAGCACUCUCAGUUACUCUUCCGCGGCGAAGUCAAGGACAUCUUUAUACUCUGCCAUCACCAGAGAGUCAGACUAUAGCCCUGUAGCAUCAGAGUCUUCUCCCAAAGCGCAUGCACCGGAAGACGUGCUCACCGCGAAAUCUCCAACUGGUCUUAAGAGAUCUAAAGCGAAACGGGUCUCGCGGCAUGCGGAGAAUCUGCCAUCGAGCCCUGCUUCAAGGAUGUCUACCACCCCAGAGAGAGAUGUCGUAUCACCUCCUUCUCAGAAGCAUGAUCGAUACUACGACGCCAAGGCGGCUACGAAAUCUCCGGAGCCUGCAAGUGCGGUGCAUCAUAAACAUGACAAGGACAAGUCUUCUCGGAGUCCUGUAGUGGAUGAGAAUCGUGAAAGGCGUCCGCGCGUUUCUUCAGUUCCAUCGAUGGAUCUUCCAACUAUCCGGAAAGUCAGAAAAGGAACACAAAGUCACAAUACAUCGACGAUCCUGUCCACUGAUGAGGAUGAUCUUGAUGACUUCAGCGAUAUCUCUGAUACUCCGAAUACGGCCGUCAAGCCUCAGAAGGAGAAUUCUGAGGGCGAUGAUCCCGACGACGCCCCUGCUCCACCGCCUCAUCGUUCCCCGAGUACUGCACAGCUGAAACAGCAGAACAUUCCGGUCCUCAGUCCAACCGCUGCUAGACAGAGACGACGUUCAUCGUCCCCUCUGAAGCAUGAAUACGAGCCUUCUACCGCUUCAGACACUGCGUCCGAGUACUCAGAAACGUCCACUGUCAUGCACUAUGACAUGGAUUCCGAAUACUCCUCUUCUGAAACUUCGGACGAUGAGCUGGAAGAUGACGAUAUGCCGACUCCAUUGCCUCCAAUCCAGCCACAGAAGUCGCAGAAACGUUCUGCACCAUCUUCGAUUCCGACUCUUCCUUGCGAGUCCCUGGAUCCUUCUAAUUCUGCCUCCCAAGGCCCAUACAGAACUGUCCCUCUCCAGCCUGAGAAGUCAUCAAAGGCAAUCGCCUCGAUAUUCGGGUGGUCAGAUAAGGGUACUUGGGAGAAUCUUUUCCCCGACGAGUGCAGUAUUACUGUCACUCCUGGACUUAUAGAAGCGUUUGAGAUGAAUGCUGCUCACUCGAACCCAGAGGCGUUUGCUCAGGAGCGUCCAUUGAUCGCCCUAGAGCUCACUCCGUUGGUACCAAUCCGUCGCGGCACAGCAAUUGACAUAAGCAUUCGUUCGCCGCCUACGGAAAGAUCUAAGAUCAAAUCCAACAACAACAUCAUGUUCCGCUCUCGCAGUACGGAAGAAUGUGAGGCCCUGUAUGCCAUGAUCAAUCAUGCACGCAUCAACAACCCGACAUACAUCGCCCUGCAAAAUGCCAGAGGGCCGUUUGCCGGUCAGCCCGCAUCUCUGGAGCGCUACAAUUCCACACGUUCAAACAAGAGCGGAGGCUGGUUCAGCUGGCCAAAGCGGAGAAACAGCUACCGUGCUUCUGGUACGCCUCGAUCGCUUGCAGAAGCCUCUGAAAGCAGUGUAGGAACCAUGAGCAGUGCGUUCUCCGCGUUGAAGAAAUUUGGCGCCGGAAGCAAAAUGUUCAGCAUUGCUCGGUCCACAAUCACAUCGCGUACGGGUGGCAGCAAAGGGGACAGCCUGUACUCGAGCGAAGCAGGAUCUGGUGCUAAGUCACCUGGUUCAGGACUCGCCGGGUUAGCUGGGGCUAUCAAGGGCGUUGAUGGCAUCGGUCUCUCGAAUGCGAAGAUCAGAUUAUACCUUCGUGAAAGCCAAUCGAAGUGGCGGGAUUUGGGAGCUGCCCGCCUCACUAUCAUGCCAGCUUCCCCAGCUCCUUCUCGCCCACAGACCUCCGGGGGCAGCCCAGAAAAUGGCAACAUAAACUCUGAGGCCUCCGAGAGUUCCAGACCACCAUCUGUAUCUGCCCCGCCGCGUCGCGAGAUGACGAGUGAGAAGCGCAUCAUUGUCCGUGGAAAGACACGCGGUGAGAUCCUCCUGGACGUCUGCUUGGGCGAAAGCGCUUUCGAGCGUGUUGCCCGCACUGGUAUCGCUGUUUCCGUGUGGGAGGAGAACGAAGGAGGUACCGUAGCCAAGGAGGGUGGCGUGACUGGUGGAUCUUUCAAGAUCUAUAUGAUCCAGAUGAAGACCGAGGCCGAAACGGCGUACACGUUUGGCCUAGUCGGGAAACUGAGAUAUUGA